UGGGAUGGGAUCGGACCGGAUCGGAUCGGAUCAGGGAUGGCCGGCAGCAGCCAGGAGCGGAGCCUGCGGGAGGAGCUGACCUGUGCCAUCUGCUGCGAGCUGUUCAGCGAGCCCGUCAUGCUGGACUGCAUGCACCACUUCUGCAAGGGCUGCAUCCAGGAAUACUGGGACAGCUGUGCCCACGUCCCCUCGUGCCCGCAGUGCCGCCGCAAGUUCCCCAGCCGCGCUUUCCGCACGCAUUACCUGCUCGCGGGGCUGGUGGAGAAGGUGCGGCGCUGCGGCUCCGAGGAGCAUCAGCAGAAGAUGCAGAAGCACCUGGAAGAUGCUUUGCAAGCCCGUCAGAAGGAGAUGGAGAACUUGCUGCAGAGGAAGCGUGUGGUGCAGGAGGACAUCUGCAGCCUGACGGUAACACCCUGUGGGAGCUGCUCCUCGGGCAGCUUCUGGGGCACUGUUCACAGAGGAUGUGUGUAUCACUUCAGCUGAGGUUUAGCUCAGCUUCCUGUAAAAAUCUAGAUUAGUAGCAGUGGGGAUCUACACAAAUUGCCCUGCAUGUAGGCCCAAGUUCAUCACUGCUGGAUAUUCAGCAGGGAUUUUAGGAGGAGCAUUAGCAGUCAUUAAUGCAGUGUUUACAAAGUGUAUGGGUGCAGCAGAGCUGAGACCUGCUGAGAGCUGUGAGCAGCCUGCUCUGGCCCUGCAGUGCUGCCUCUUUGUGAGAGCGUUGACUCUUGGCAACUCUAAAAUCCUCUCAUGUCAGAAGGGAUGGCAGCAAAGCUGAAGGAGCUGGGAGUGGCAGGGUUGGCACUGCAAGAGUUGUGGCCUUGUCACAAGGACAGUGUUGAGAUUCACUGCAAAGCUCCGAGGUGAAUGAGGAGCCUGACUGCUCUCCAUGGGCUUGAGAGGGACCAGGCUCCCUGUUGGAGCAGAUCCAUGAAGUGAGAGCAGCCACAGGCUGACUGUGCUGCUUUCUUGGGUGGCAUAAAAGCAUUAAAACCAAGAAUUAAAGGAAAAUGGAAGUAGUUCAGAGAUGACAAAAAACUGAGAGGGAAAAAAACCUGGUUUUUUCCAAUCUGGUUGGAGGGAGCCUCUGAUCCCCCAGCCUGCACCAUUUCAAACCUCUGCCCUCUUGCCAGAUGUGGAAUAGACUUUUGAGAUUAAUGAAGAAGUGUUAGCAAAUAAUCACGUGUUUUCCUGUUGCUGUGCAAGAACCAAGAGGUGUCUCAGGAGU